AUGGCGAUCGUCCUGCACUCCACCCCCCUCCUGUGGACGCGUCUGGCGGCCCUGAUCUUCUCCUGCGUGGCCUUCUCGGUGGCGGUCCACGGUGGGCGUCUGUACCACGGCACUGGCGACUGGUGCAUCUUCUGCUGGGCCUUCAGUUUUGCCGGAACCCUCCUGGUGCUCCUGGUGGAGCUUUUUGGCCUUCAGACCCGAGCGCCCGUCUCCUGGAAGAACUUCCCCAUCACUUUCGCCUGCUACGCUGCCCUGCUGUGCCUGUCGGCGUCCAUCAUCUUCCCGCUGUACUACUUGAAAGGCAGCAUGGGGCCUAGCCAGGUGCGCGAUUACCGCAUUGUGUCCACAGUCUUCUCCUGUCUGGCCACCAUCGCCUACAUGAGCGAGGUGAGCAUCAGCAAGGCCAGACCAGGCGAGGUAGCCGGCUACAUGGCAACUGCCCCAGGCCUGCUCAAAGUGUGCGAGACCUUCGUGGCGUGCAUCAUCUUCGUGUUCGUCAGCGACCCAGUGCUAUACGACCGUCACGACGCGCUCAAAUACUGCAUGUCCGUUUACUGCAUCUGCUUCAUUCUUUCUGCUGCCAUCAUUCUCCUGUGUGUGGGCGAGUGCACGGGCUGCCUGCCCUUCCCCUUCGCCCGCUUCCUGUCUGGCUACGCCCUGCUAGCCGUGGUGCUCUACCUGUCGGCCACCAUCAUCUGGCCCAUCUUCAACUUCGACCCCAAGCACGGUGGCAGCAAGCAACGGCCGUCCAACUGCAGCAUCACACAGGGGCUGUGCACGUGGGACAAGCUGAUGGCGGUGGCCGUGCUCACGGCCGUCAACUUCAUCCUAUACCUGGCCGACCUCAUUUACUCCGCACGCUUGGUAUUCGUCAGCGCUUGA